CGUGAACCCUAAUCUGGAAUAGAAGCAGACGUCUCUUGUUGAAGACAUAGUUAGCAAGUUCUUAAAUUAUUUAGAUUAAGUUACAACAGUGCUUUUAAACUUAAAACUAGAAAAAAAUAGUUUCAAUUAUUCCUGAAUUUCUGCAGUAAGAGUAGGGCGAAAUAUUUGAAUUUGACCGAAGACUUCUAAGCUUUCUUCAUAUGCGUGGAAGCAGUAAAAAUCAUGGAGGAACACAAAAUAAGUGAGCUAGAGCGAAGCAAUCAAAGACGCACAAAAAAUCGCCAAGCCACUGAAUUCAAUAACGAUUUAAACAAUCCCUGCUCAAAAGAACACAAGAUGGCGAAUGAAUGUUCAUCAAACAACUUCCAAGAUAGGGAUAAAUGCAAAGCAUACUUUGCAAAUUAUCGAGCUUGCAUGGAAUUCUGGACCAACAUAAAAGCUGAAAGAAGAAGAGAACGAAUCCGUCCAUUGUUACCUCCACCUGAAGAAAGGGAGCAAAUUCUUCAGGAUGCACGAAGCAAGGCCAAACUUUCAUAACCCUAUUCUUAAAGUAUUUGGCAGUUGGUCUUUGUUCUAGUUGUAUCUAAAGUUUGUUAAGUAGGGCAGUAAGAUGGCUAACCUGUACAUAUAUUUUCAUCAAAAUGAGUGAUGGAAGGUAUGUAUAAUCUGAUAUAAUAUUACUGAGCAAAACUA